AUGUCUUUAAAUACUUAUUUAAAUGAUCAAAGACCAAAUAUUUUUUUCAAUCUUGGCACAAUGAAAUUCGUUUUUCUCGUUCUCAUAAACUUUUAUUUCCUAAAUACUGUACAAUGUGGGCAUCAAAAAAUUGCUUCAGCCUGUUUCACAGGAAAAUACGAGGGGAUCACAGGAACCGUUACUUUCACUGAAAAAGAUUCAAAAAUCGAAGUUCAUGUUAAAAUAACUAGCGGCUUGAAUGAUACUACCGGAAAAUACCCUUAUCAUGUUCACGAUUUUGCAAUAAAUUCCACUGGCUCCUGUGAAUCAGCGGGAGAGCACUUGGAUCCUUUUGGUGUCGGUAAAGUAGCUGGAUAUGUAUGCAAUCCCCAAACGCCUGAAAAAUGUGAAGCCGGUGAUUUAAGUGGUAAACAUGGUCCGCUUCCAGGAACACCAAGUGGAAGUGUUACAGAAAAGUAUACUGAUCGAUUCAUUUCAUUGAGUGGUACUCCUACCCUUCAAAAUGGAGUUAUUGGUCGCUCCCUUGUUCUUCAUACUCCUCAUACUGAAUUGCUUGUGCUAACAUCAUCAAAGGAAAAUGUUGGAAAAAGAAAUGAAAAAGAAGAGUUAGUAGAGAUUGAAAAUUGUUGA